UAUUUUUUUCAUAGUUAUUUUUGUCACGGAAAGUAUUCUAUCAAAGUCGGAGCUCCCAAUGGCAGGAACCAUGUUUAUAAAGAAAGCACUUCUUAUUCAAGCAAACCAGGUCUAUCCUGCCAACAUGGGGCCUCCCACUCAGCUUCUCCUCCUCCUGCUGCUUCUCCAGUCACAGGAAUGGGGUGCAGUUUCACAGGACAGCAUGACCCCGUUGAUGGUGAACCGGGUUCUGGGGGAGUUGAUAACUCUUGCCCUGAAGUUUCCCACGGAAGAGAAGGCCAGGUCCAUCACCUGGGUUUACAAUGGAACAUCUAUUGCCUUCAUAAGUCUAAGGGAAGACCAAAGUUCAGAACCCCACGUGACCGACCCAAAACUAAGAGAGCGGCUGAGCUUCACUGGGUGCUGCUCCUUGCAGCUCAGCAACUUGACGACGGCAGACACAGGAUCUUACACAGCCCAGAUAGCCACAGAGACCUCUACGAAGUUUUUCACUUAUGCUCUGAGGAUCUUCCAGCGGCUGCCAAGGCCUCAAGCUGAAGUACAGACCAUCACCUAUGAGAACGGGACCUGUAAUGCCAUCUUCAGGUGUUCUGUGGAGGAAGGAAGACAGGGCAUCACAUAUGUGUGGUCAGCAGUGGGAUCAGGGACUGUUGUGUCCCAGAUGGGAUCUGUCCUCAGUGACUCCUGGAGCCUUGGUGAUCUGGACCGGAACUAUACCUGCACAGUUAUGAAUCGUGUUAGCAAUAGCAGCUCCAUUCCCUUCCUUGCUCGGCAGCUCUGUGCAGGUCCUAAGGCAGCUGAAGUCACCUAUUGUCCAGUGAAAUGGAUUUUCCUGGGGAAGGGGCUUCUUCUCCUUGUAUUUCUAGGGAUUCUAGGAACUUGGCAUAUCCAGACAUGGGUGCUCAGCAAACCCCUUAGGUCUCAGGGUAACCAGAGGCCACCAGCGGCCCAAGAGAGCCAGGGCCACUGAUGAGGCCACUCCUUU